AUGAUCGUAAGCAUGCAACAACAAUUAUAUGAACAACAACAACCGCAAUAUUAUAAUUCUGGAGCUGAUGACGAUGGUAAUAAUGGUGGUGAUUCUUAUCGCGAUCAACCGUAUGGCAGAAGACAACGCGUUAGGAAUGUCCGUGGGGCAGCAAACGGCGUAGCAUGUCAUGACGAAACGAAAAGAAGUCUUAUCGAGUUGAUGACAUCUUACAAUCCAAAUAUUAAAUACGACACCUUAUGGGGCAUGGACGGCAUAGCAUCCAGUAGCGCAAACUGUUUAAAAGAGUCGGGAUUCUACCAGGAGACCACUGUAAGCUACCACCAACAGCGUACCAUGUUCGUCAAUGUAUUCAUCCUGACUGGAGCGGAGUAUAUGGAGAGUGCGGAGGAGACCAUCAUGGAGAUGGAAGGGGUCAUAAGGAGCUGGAGGAAUGAUUACGAGUGGAAAAACUUUCUCGGAGAUUUGGCGAACAACGAGGAGGUUUUCGGCUGUGCACUGCAGCCAAGAUGCAGUGGUCCAUCGCACGGACAGGCUGUCAGCGGUCACGCUCUGGCAUGCGCUUUCAGUAACAGCAAAGCCAACAAGCAUUACACACCAGAUCUGAUUCCCGCGGUUUUGAUACGAUACCCUAACCCACAGAACCUGCCCCCCGUCAGAACACCACCUAUUCCGGCCUACACUAUCUCACCGAUCAGAUAUGGAGAUCCCAGAGGGAGAGCUUUUACUGAUGACCAGAAAGAACGCGCCGCCCAAGAGUUGUCUGAUCACCACAAGCGUCUCAUGUUAUGGGACAACACGUUGGAAAACCUGUCCGGGCUCUACAUGACCUGUGAGAAUGCUCCAUUUCCAUCUCACGAUCACAGCUCAUACAAAUACACAAAGGAGAUCGAAGAUGCCAAGAGAAAGGGCUACAAAGAACCGUCGGGCUGGUACGGGGUAGAACAGAAUGACGGAACCACCCAACACCCUUUGGAAAAUCUCAUCCACGAAGUGACUGUGCCAACAGUUUCGACCUACUUUGGCUGCUCCGUCUACCCGGCCUGUCCCAGUUCUCGCGGCGACAUGUACGUGUUGGUCUCCUGCUUGUUCUCUCAGGAAAAGAAGAUUGUAAAGCAGAAGGACAGGAAAUUAGUCGAUAUAAAUUUAUACGUGAUGAAUAGAGAUAAUGUAAAAAAAAUGAAAGAAAGAGAAAGAGAGAAAGAAUCUCUUUAUGAGCAGGAUCGUAUAGGCAAAGGGAAAGCUCAUUCCUCCAAUAUAAAAAAUCUUCCUAUGUAA